AAUCACAACAUCAUAUCGGUUGAUUGCCAUAGAAUAAUGUUGAUGACAGGUUAACCUGGCGGUCCUCCACGUCUCACGCCACAAUUGUGGAGAUGCGAGACAAAAGAAGAGGGAUGCAAUCGAAUACAUUGCGAAGGUUUUCCGGGAGACGGCGCAGCGAGCCAUUACAUUUCAGUUGCAUCUGAAACCUGGAGCAGGAGGCUAGGACAGCACGGUGGAGUCAGCCGGCAGGACGCAGGACAGACAGCACGACAGCACAUCGCUACGGAGUCUACAAGAGUACAACUUCUGAUUGAGACUACCGGACAGCAGGAAUGGGGCAAGGUGUGGGUGGCUGACUGACAGGGAGACGGACCAAUCACAUGUCAGGAUGCUGGCUAGAAACCUCUUCAUCUUCCUGGUGGUGGUGGGGGCAGCGCUGGCCAUCGUGAGCCUCAGCCUCCAAUUCUUCCACCUAAUCCCCACUACACCCAUGGGUGAGGAGCGGCCCCCCCAGGGUCAAGGCCAGGGCCAAGGGAAGAGCAGGAAGAGAGUGAUCCCUGUCCCCAACACAGAGGCUCCUGAACCAGACCCAAUCGCUGAGGCUUAUGGCUACUGCAACACCCCCAACCACUCUGAACAGGCCUGGGAGGGACACAGCCCUGUGGACUACAAGCUGCUGUCUAUCCAGGUGAUGAUUCGCCAUGGCGACCGUUACCCCCUUUACGCCAUCCCCAAAACCAAGCGGCCUGCCAUCGACUGCACCCUGUCCCCAAAGAGGAAACCCUCCCACCCCCAGCUGAAUUCUUUCAUUGGUCACAUGGCCCAGGGGGGGCGUGGCCGCUGGGAGGGGACUCUCAGCUCGUUGCCCCGCCUCCCUAACCACAGCACCUGUGAGAUGGGUGAGCUCACUCAGACAGGUGUGGUGCAGCACUUACGCAAUGGCCAGCUCCUUCGCCUAGCCUACAAGCGUCACAAACUCCUCCCGCCCAAUUGGUCGACCAAGCAGGUGUGGGUGGAGACUACGGGCAGGAGCCGCACCCUCCAGAGUGCUAUGGCUCUUCUGUAUGGGUUCCUGCCAGACUUUGACUGGAGCCGUCUGACAGUCCACCACCAGUGGAGCACGUUGUUCUGUGGCUCAGCCUGCGACUGUCCUGCUAGGAACCGCUAUCUGGAGGAGGAGCAGAGGAGACAGUACCGCCUCAGAGCGGCAGACACUGAACUGGAGAGGACCUACGCAGACAUGGCCCGUACGCUAGGUCUGCCCCCGCGCCAGCUCAGAGCUGCCAACCCUAUAGACUCUCUGCUGUGCCACCUGUGCCACGGCCUGUCCUUCCCCUGUGUGGCAGCAGGAAGUGCUCUCGGCAGUGGGGGCUGUCUGACUCUGGCCCAGUUCGCUGUGAUCCGGAGGCAGCAGUUAGAGGACGAGGUGGACAGGAGGAGGGUGGGACUGUAUCGCCGCUACGCCGUGCUCGCCACCCACCCCUACCUCAACCGCACCGCCAAUCGGAUGGAGCGCUUCGCCAAGGCCAACGCUCCGGGUCGAAAACCCCGUGCUGGAGGAGAGGAGGCGUUCACCCUGUCCUCGGCUCACGACGUCACCGUGGCGCCAUUACUAAGCGCCCUGGGCUUGGAGGAUGCACUCUUCCCGAGGUUUGCGGCGAGGGUUGUGUUUGAGUUGUGGAGGAGUCCGCCCGCAACUCAGGGACAACAUAAGGGGCAAGGCCAGGGCUUGGUUAAGGCUGCUUGGUUGAAAGGGGAGAGGUCAAAGGGUGGUAAUUGGGGAAACAUGUUUGUGAGGGUUCUGUACAACGGAGAGGAUGUGACUUUCCAUACCACCUUCUGUCGCUCACAUGGCCGCAACGCCGCACAGCCGCUAUGCCCCCUGGGUAACUUCCUGUCGUUCGUCAAGAAAGACAUGUUCAAUGUCCUCAACGCCACGUCCUACCACAACGCCUGCUACCGACGGACAGGCUGACUGACAGAUGGAAGGAUAGAGAGAGAAAAGGAGGAGGAGAAGAGAAUUAGUCAGAGAAAGGGGGAGUUAUAAUUUAGCUGAUUUUGGAAUUUGUUAAUAGCUCUUUUCCCACUUUGAUGGUAGUGUCCUUUUGACAUUUUCUAGUCACAAACAUUCCUAGAAAGCAUAAAUGCUGAUCAUACAUAUCACUGCAAAAAUACAUAUUUUCACCAGCAAAUUCCUAUACACAAACACACCUCCCGGCUUACUUUAUACAUACUCUUCAUGCCUUCUUGAUCAGAUGUCUUUGUCGAUAAAGUUUGACUUCUAAACUGACAGCCUUGUGGUGUCGACAAUCACACCCGGAUACUUAACCUGCAAUUAUACACAUUUCAACAUUGACCUUUCGACAAUUUUUUUGUUUUUGAAAAGUUUGUAAGGAAAAGAGGUGGAAGGACUCAGACACUUUAUUCACACAUUCCUACUGGGAAUGUUGAGAUUCUGCUUUUCCCAAAUUCCUGCAUUGAAAGGGGAACGUUGAAACUGGAAACACUAAUGCUGGAUUAGUUCAUAUUAAAUGUAAAAACUGCCAUUUAUAAUUUGUCUUGAUAUUGUCUGACAUUUUGAUUAAAAUGAUGCUGGAGACCAAUAGAAUUAAGGUCAGUUUUGCUGUACAAUUAAUUUAUUUUAGUUUACUCAACCACAUACUUUAAGCUGAAGUAGAUUUCAAUGUUAAGAAUGAAGUCAAUCCAACAAUUUACGCUCAAUGUUUACUGAAUAAUAAAAAUAUUCUGCACCUUAGUGAAGGCUAGUUGUUAUGGCACUUACAUUCCACUGCUGCUGUGAGAUGGUAAUAACAGUUCAUAAAUAUGUCAUCAGUAAUUGUAAUUUCUGUGGACAUUUUUUUUAAUGAUGCUCAUCAGUUUGAAUAAUUAUCAUUUUUACUAUAAAGCACAUUACACAGUGGGCCACGAAGUAAUAAAACUUGUUUCCUCA